AACCAAAUAUCAACAGUGACAGUUUUAGCAGUUACAGUAGUGAUGAAAAUUCAAACCAUGGUUGUGCACAGAAGUCAAAAAGCACUGCUUGCUUAUCAAUUAUCAUGAACCAUUUAUGAAACUUCAAUCAAUCUCUCUAAGCUUUUACUAGUGUACUAAAGAAGAGGCUAUCAAUGGCUAUUGGGUUGGCCAUAGCAAGUGAAAAUGUCCAAAGCAAUGGUAAGAUAACCCUUUAUGUUGUGCUGUCUUGCAUGAUGGCUGCCAUGGGAGGUUUCAUCUUUGGCUAUGACAUUGGAAUAGCUGGUGGGGUGACCUCAAUGGAGCCAUUUCUGAAGAAGUUCUUCCACAAAGUGUAUCUCAAGAAACAAGAAGCCAAAGUCAGCAACUACUGUGUAUUUGAUAGUCAACUCUUGACCUCUUUUACAUCAUCUCUCUAUGUUGCUGGCCUUGUUACUUCCUUCUUUGCUUCUUAUGUCACCAAAGCCUUUGGCCGCAAACCAUCCAUGGUGGCCGGCGGCGCCGCCUUCCUGGCCGGUACUGCUUUUGGAGGUGCAGCUUUUAAUGUGUACAUGCUCAUAGUUGGUAGACUUUUGCUUGGAGUUGGAGUUGGUUUUGCAAACCAGGCUGUUCCUUUGUAUCUAUCUGAAAUGGCACUACCACGACUAAGAGGGGCAACUAGCAAUGGCUUCCAAUUAAGCCUUGGCAUUGGUGCUUUGUUUGCUACCCUAAUCAACUAUGGAACAGAGAAGAUUGAAGGUGGUUGGGGUUGGCGUGUUUCCCUAGCCAUGGCAGCAGUGCCAGCCUCAGUGCUAACACUUGGUUCACUUUUCCUCCCUGAAACUCCAAACAGCUUAAUCCAACGAGGCCAUGACCAUCAAAAGGCCAAGUUACUACUUCAGCGAAUUCGAGGCACAGAAGAUGUGCAAGCAGAACUUGAUGAUCUUAUAACAGCAAGUUCUUCAAAAGCCAACAACAAACAAUCAUUUAAGACCAUUUUGAAACGAAGAUAUAGGCCUCAGCUUGUGAUGGCAGUAGCUAUACCAUUUUUCCAGCAAAUGACAGGGAUAAAUGUGAUUGCUUUCUAUGCCCCUUUACUUUUUAGGACAAUUGGGUUAGGAGAAAGUGCAUCGCUGUUGUCAGCUGUGAUGACGGCAGUUAUAGGUACUGCCUCAACAUUCAUAUCAAUGCUCAUAGUUGAUAAACUAGGAAGGAGAGCCUUGUUCAUUAUUGGGGGCAUUCAAAUGUUUGCAUCACAGUGUAUAGUUGGUGGCACAAUGGCCUUUCAUCUGAAAGAUCAUGGUGGAUUAAGCAAAGGGUAUGCUUGUGUGGUUUUGGCUAUGAUAUGCAUAUAUGUUGCUGGGUUUGGGUGGUCAUGGGGGCCAUUAGGUUGGUUAGUGCCAAGUGAAAUUUUUCCUUUGGAAAUUAGAUCAGUAGGGCAAAGCAUCACAGUGGCAGUGAGCUUUAUCUUCACUUUUGCUGUUGGUCAGACUUUUCUGGCCAUGCUUUGCCACUUGAAGUCUGGGAUUUUCUUCUUCUUUGGAGGAUGGGUGGUGGUCAUGACUCUAUUUGUGUAUUAUCUUCUGCCAGAGACCAAAAGUCUGCCACUUGAACAGAUGGAGAAAGUGUGGCAAGAACAUUGGUUUUGGAAGACAAUAGUGGCUGAAACGAGUGAUAAAGAGCAUAAACGUGAGAUAUGAAUAUAAUACUUGAAGGAAAUUCUAAAUCAAAUCCUCUACUGAUGUUAGCUUAAACAUUUGUCUGUAUAUCGUUACCUCGACUAUAAAGCAACACAAUGGUUUUCAGUUUGAAAA